AUGGAUAAAAACGUUUCAGCGAAAUCUGUACCUGGCAUCUAUUCGACUUCAUUAGUUCAUGUCGAUCAUAAAAAAGUAACAACAAUGUAUCAUCCAUUAAAACGACAAAUAAAUCCGAAUGAAUUAACUGUUGAUUCUCAAACAUCAUAUAAUUAUCGUUCUCGUGCUAAUUCAAAUAUUAUUGAAAGACGUUUUUCAAAUGUUGAACAACCAACACAAACAUCUAAACGUGUGUGUAAUAGACAACAACGUUCACAAAAUUCAAAUCCUGCAGCAGUAUCAGCAUAUCGUCGAACACUUCCAUCUGAAAAUAGUAAUGAUACUACUGCUCAGAAUCCUAAUGAUACAAAUGAAGCAAUUGAUAUUGUCGAACCAAUUAUUGUAAACAAUACUCCUGGUUAUGCAGCGGAUCAAGCACAAUAUCGAUCUUGCCGACGUUCAUCAGUUCAAUUUCUUGAUAAAAAGCUUAUUCAAUCAUUUGCAAGCCCAGUAACAUCAACAGUAACAGCAGAUGAUGAUUCUAAUGCUGCAGCGAGUGUCUCAGAAGCUGAGUGUGAGUUCGAGUUAGCUUAUUUUCUCUCCAUUCAGUUCUUUUUCUCAUAA